UCAGAGCUGGGCGGAAUAACAGUGUGCUGUUGUGUCUCACGGCUCCGCGAUGGUGGCACCUCUGCGCGCUUUGCCUCCUGCUAUCCGGACCAGGGACACCAGCGGCACAGAAGUGACACACCGGCGUCGAAUUCUGCACAAUUAUCAGCGUGAGACGAGCCGAGCGACGGAGUAGAAGGCUGCUGUCAUGGAGAAGCAGAGCAGAGGCAAGGAGGAAAUGCCGACGUCGAAGGAGGAGAAGCGCAAGGAGAAGAAGCCGAAAUCUGGGAAGCUGUUCCGAAAGAAAUCGCUGAAGUCCGUGGGGAGCUUUAUGAACAGAAUCAUCAAAACUUUGGGCACUUUCACCCACUUUGGAGACGCUGACGCGCAGGACGCGGAGGACGACGACGGGGGGUUUCGAAAUGGCGCACCUUGCACCCUCAGCGCCGGCUCAGGAAUAAUCAAAGAGGAUGUACAAAUGGCUUGGGAUCGGGUGGUGAAGAACCCCUCCAGCACGUCUUCGUCUCUGUGCACCGGCAGAGAGAAGCUACUUUACCAAUACGGAGACAAGAUCCCGGGCGUUCUGGGGCUGAAGAACCACGGCAACACCUGCUUCAUGAACGCGGUGGUCCAGUGCCUGAGCAACACCGACCUGCUGGCCGAGUACCUGGGCUUGGAGAGGUACAAGAUGGACCUGAGUCAGACCAGAAUAAACGGGGUGGUGAAGGCUGAGGAGAGCAGGCUGGCCAAGGGAGAAGUCACCGAGCAGUUGGCGUCACUUGUCAGGGCUCUGUGGACUCUGGAGUACACCCCGCAGCUGUCCGUGGACUUCAAGACUAUCGUGUCCAAGUACGGAUCCCAGUUCCGUGGUAACUCCCAGCACGACGCCCUGGAGUUCCUCCUGUGGCUGCUGGAUCGCGUCCACGAAGACGUCAUCCUGGCCUCCCACAACAACAACAACAAGACCAAAGCUCCUGGAAAGGGUUCCGGUGGAGCCGAGGAGGUGCCGUCUCCGGACCCGUGCCCGUCCCAGCAGCCCAGGGUUCAACACAGCUUCGUCCAGGAACAUUUCCAGGCUCAGUACAAGUCGUCGCUGACGUGUCCUCACUGCCUGAAGCAGAGCAACACCUUUGACCCGUUCCUCUGCAUCUCGCUGCCCAUCCCUCUGCGGCAGACCAGGCCGAUGUGUGUGACGCUGGUGUUCAGCACCAAAGGACAGCGGUACCUGCGGGUCGGCCUGGCGGUGCCGCUGUUCGGCUCCGUGGCCUGCCUGAGGAGGAUGGUGGCCGACGAGGGGAAAAUCUCCCCGGACCAGGUGAUCCUGACAGAGGUGUACUCCACAGGCUUCCACCGCUCCUUCUUUGAUGAGGAGGAUCUAACUAGCAUAGCCGAGAACGACGUCAUCUACGCCUUCCAGGCUCCACCGCUCUACAUCAGAGGAGGCUCUGCACGGAUCUCAGGAUACCAUCACAGCCUGCCGUCGUCUCCAUACUCCACCGGACCCGAGGGUCAGAGGUUAACGUCAGCUGGGACCUUAUCGUCAGAGUUCCUCAACCAGGGCGUCCCUGUCAAGAUCCUGCUGCUGGUGUGCAACGCUGCAGGGGCAGGCCAGCAGACUGUUAGGUUCGGACCUCCGUUCCUAAUGAGGGAGGAUCGGGGGAUUUCCUGGGACCAGCUGCAGCAGAGCAUCCUCAGCAAGCUUUAUUAUCUGAUGAUCAAUGGAGCUCAGGCACAGAAUACCAGAGUGUUGUUCAACAUCCGUGUGGUUGGAGGAUCUGCGUUUUACAGCUACCUGUCGCCUCAGGACGGCCGUCCGCUCUACCACCCGGCCGUCGACAGAGCUCUGAAGCUCUGCGGCUCAGGAGGACCUCCACACGUGAAGCUCAUCAUCGAGUGGGAACACAGAAUCAAGGACUGCCUGUUCGGUAACAUCCAGGAGGAGGUGGUGAAGGAUGCGGAGAGCGUGAGGAAUCAGCAGCAGCAGCACGUCCAGCAGUACAGCUGCACCUUGGACGAGUGCUUCCAGCUCUACACCAAAGAGGAGCAGUUGGCCCCGGACGAUGCGUGGAAGUGCCCCCACUGCAAGCAGCUGCAGCAGGGCAUGGUGAAGAUGAGCCUGUGGACGCUGCCGGACAUCCUCAUCCUGCACCUGAAGCGCUUCAGGCAGGUGGGCGAGCGCAGGAACAAGCUCACCACGUUCGUGCAUUUCCCCCUGGCGGGCCUGGACCUGACGCCUCACAUGGUGCACCGCGGCCACGGCGGCCACCAGACGCCUCUGCAGCCCGGCUGGAAGCAGCCCAGACGGCCGGACCUGGCGCCCCCCGACUUCCUGUACGAUCUGUACGCCGUCUGCAACCACCACGGAGGAAUGCACGGUGGACAUUACACAGCCUUCUGCAGGAACUCGGUGGACGGCCAGUGGUACAGCUACGACGACAGCAGCGCCGAGCCGGUCCCGGAGGCGGAGGUGUGCACGCGUGGAGCCUACAUCCUCUUCUACCAGAGAAGGAACACCAUCCCCCCCUGGUCGGCCAGCUCCUCGGUCACCGGCUCCACCAGCUCGUCCGCCUCCGACCACUGGCUGGUCCGCCUGACGGGGGGCAGCAAGAGGGGCAGCGUGGUGUCGGGUGGGCCCAUCCCCGGACCUCUGGGGCCCACGCAGGCUCCAGAGUCUCCUGAGUUGCCGGUGUUUGGAGAAGAACCCCCAAGAAGAGUAGAAACAAAUGGGUCUGAGGUCGGCCCGUUUGUUCGAGCGACCCAAGGCAGGAGUGUCAGCAUGAGGUCACCGACCAAGCCCAAGGAGUCUCUGAACAAAGUUCUUCCUCUGCGAUGGUCCUUCGGGUCCAAAGACCGCAUCAAGCACUCGGUCCAGACGCAGUCCGGAGAGCUGGUCGAGUACCUGGAGUCCGGGCGCCGGCCUCGCUGCACCAAAGACCCGAUCAUCACCCUGGUGGCCACGCCGCCGCAAAGGAGCGCCCAGGGAAGAGCGUUCGAAGCAGGACAGGACUGCAGCUCCCCGAGCGGCAGCAGCCUGAGCUGCACCGACAGACUCAGCUCAGACGCCUGUUACUCCCCCAAAAUACCCGAAGGGCAGAGCAGGCCGUACGCCGAGAGAAGCAUCAGCCACGGAGUCGGAAACGGCAGCAACGCCAACGUCAGAGACGACGACUCUCUGAGGCGGAGAUCUUCUAAGAGAGGAAGGCCGGACCAGGGCAGGACCCUGGACUUCCAGCUGCACAGAGGAGCCAUCCUGGGUGGUCACAUCAGCCACAGUGCACCUCCAAGCAGAGACUCCACGCUGAGGAGAACCAAGGUCCAGACAGGGGUGACCUCCAGGCCCCAGAAGGACUUGUUACAGAUGGUGAUCCAGGCCGAGGACCGGAGAGGGCAGCGGGGACAGGAAGCCCGGAGCCAGGACAGCCUCUUGUCUUUUUUCAAGCCUGGCUUCAUGAAGAAAGACGUCACCAGGUCGCCCAUCAAGGGCCAGUGUUUGAACGGCCACGGGCAGCUGGGGAAGCUGGCGAGCAGUAACUUAGCCAAACUGUCCCUCUCCAACGGGACGCUGACCGCGGUGGCGCUGGAGGAGAGGAGGGGCAACGCCGUGCCCGGCUGUGACCAGCACGCCUGCAAGGCCCAGCUGGUCAACGGGAAGGCCGGGAGCCACGAGCCCGUCGACAUCAAGCGCGCCCACAGCUCCAGCAACAUCCAGACCAAGCUGGAUUUGACGUUUCGCAGGUGCGCCUCCCUGCAGAGGAACGGAGAAGUCGUGGUGCCUCCGGCCCACCGCGUCCUGCUGUCGGAGAAGCCGUGCUUUGCCACUCUGCAGCGGACGCGAUACAGUACCACCUCCCUGGUGCCUCUGUGACAGCCCAGAAUGCCUGCUGAACACUAGGACCUCGACCGAUCUGUAAGAACGGCGCCCGGCGGAGCCCCCCAGACGGAGUCAUCACUUGAAAUAAAGUACAUCUUCUCUCUCUCUCCACUUCAUAGUACUGUUAUAAGUUCUUACCCGUGUGUGUCUUAAACUAAAUCUAUGCAGAGUUGAAUUACUGGAGGGAAAAUACUGCUGUAAUGUGAUCUGUUGCCCCGAAGUUUUUUUAUUUUUUGGGGUCCCUUGGGGGGGUGGGAGGUUUGAUUUGCAUGUUUUCAGUCCAUUACACAUAUGAUAAAGAGUUUGGAGGGUAGGAAACACCUUUUAGUUCAUGUGAAACAGCGUAUAGGGUUUACAGAUAACGGGCUAAGACGUGUAAGAUUGUUCUUAAACACUGCAAAAAGUACUAACAGCGCACUGUAAAUCAGCUGCUACCAGAGUGUAAAUCAUUUGCUUUGUCAUUUAUUAUCAGUUUAAUAUUCUAUUAUAUUAUUGAUGCACUUUUUUAAAAGAACGUUUUUUUUUUCUACACGACCAGAGCUGAUUUGGACAAAGAGCUUCUUUUCAGACGUUUGAUCUACAAAUUGUGAGAAAACUAAAUGGUUGGAAACCAAUAGAUGGAGCAUAAAGGGACUCGGCUUUGUUCGCUUUUUAAGUUUCUCAAACGUAAAGCGGUGAUGAUGGCUUCCUCACUAACAACAUUUUCUCUCGUAUGAGCCGCUCCAGAUGGAAGUCUUACUGAUAAAACACCGACAUUAUCAGGAUACAAAAGCUCCAUGUGAAGCAGCUUUCUCAUUUGGGAUUGAAAAGCGGGAUUCACAGCGUGUGCACAAUUAUUCUUUUUUACUGCAGCCAUAGGGACGUGAUGAAUACUAAUGCUUCAUCACAUAAUCUGUAAUGAAUUAGCAUUUUUAAUGUACAGAGCGUUCAGACCCUUUGGUUUGUUCACAUUUUGUUCCCCCAUCAGUCUACGGUAAGACCUCAUAACGACAAAGCAAGAACGGAAUUUCAACAUUAUUUAAUUUAUUAUAAAGGGGAAAAAAUCGAAUCGACAUCAAGUACUCAGACCAUUUACCUCGUAACUCUACAAGGAACCCAGUGAUCUUCUUGGAUGCGACACUAGCCUUGCUCAGGAGCAGGCCUUCUCUCAACCCUGACUAGUCUCCCUGUCUGCAUGAUGAUGCCACCACCGUGCUUCACCAUUGAGAUGGUGCUGGGCAGGAGAUAAGCAACGCCUGGUUUCCUCUUGCCAUGACUUUUCUGAGUCUUGAUUUAAUCCGACCACAGCCUCAAAGUCUCUGGUGCUUUUUUAAAAAAAAAUUCUCAACAGUUUUCAAUCAAGAUUUCAUUUCAGGAGCAGGCUUUCAUUUAUCCCUUUGUCCUGUUCAGCUUUGUCUCAUCCCUGACUAGUCUCCCACAUGAUGAUGCCACCACCGUGCUUCACCAUUGAGAUGGUGCUGGGCAGGCGAUAAGUAACGCCCGGUUUCCUCUCGACAGUUGAGUCUUGAUUUAAUCCAACCAGAGAAUCUUAUUUUUCACAGCCUCAAAGUCUCUGGUGCUUUUUUAUUUUUAUUAUUUUUUGACAGUUUUCAAGUGUGAAGUGCUGCAGUGAUGGUUUGUCCUCCUGAAAGCUUCUUCCGUCUCCACCAAGAAUGUUUGGAGCUCAAGGAAGCGGUGAUCGGGUUCACCCCUCUCACCGAGGCCCUUCUGGUUCAGGAAGGUGUUCGAAACUUCUUCCAUUUCAGAACCACACAAAUCAAUGUCCUCUUGGCAAACUGUCGAUGCAGCAGGAAUGUUUUCGUAGCCUUCCCCAGAUUUGUGCCUCCACACAGUCCUGUAGGCAGUUCCUUCACCUUCAGCUUCACAUGUAUUGUCAGCUGUGAGAUCUUCUAUAGGCAGCAGGAUGGGGGCGUUAACGAAGCUCGACAGUAAGUAUGAUCGAUCUGCAUAGGAGAGGAAGUGAGUCUGUGACAAUCUGAUUAACAAAAAUGUCUGUUACGCGAGAAAAAAUGAAACAGGAAUUUACAGAGCAGAUAUUUUAUUUGAUCUUUGUUUUGGUGUUGGGGAUUUUCUUUGAAGGCGCCUAAAACGUCUGUGGGGAGCACCAAAAAUUCCUCUUUGCACACAAAUAAACCCUGCACAGCUCUAGAUUAAUUAAAUUUUACCACAAAGCUAGCAAAUGUCACGGCAAAGGGUCUGAGCACUUAUGUGAUGUUUUUCCUUUUUAAAUUUGCUAAACUAAUUUGUCGUUAUGGGGAGUUGAGUGUCGACUGAUGAGGAGAAGAAAAUGGACUCUGAAUACGUUCUGUGUGCAACGUACAUUUGUUUCACCAUCUGCUGGAGCCAAACUCCAAGAGGAGCAUCAGCAUAAAUCAGAUUUCUAUCUUUAAUCUUCCCUUUUGAACGAACUAUUUCGGCUCUUUGGUUGUAAAUCCUUGGUCCUGACUGGUUGCCUUCACCGUGUCUGUCUUCACCUCUCCUGUCCCUUAACGUCACCGUCUAACAACCACUUGUUACCAAAAUUAAGUAUAUGAAGGAUGUGUCUGAGACAUUAUUUGGGGGGGAGAGAAAAAAUGUCUAGAUUAUAUUUUAUUAACUUUUUUAAAGGUCUACAUUUUGUACCGGAUGUGUAAUUAUGUAAUUUAAGAUUAAAACUGUAUGUUUGGGGUGUACGAGGUCAGAUUUGGUGAGCGGGUUGGAAUUGGACACAACACACAGAAGCGUCGGACUGUCUGUAACGUCUGCUUAAUGUACUGCAAGUUUUACGGAUUGCAAAUUAAACACGGCUUUUCUCACAAAC